AUGAGCGUGUCUUGCGAACUCUGUAAGACUCGAAAAGUGAAAUGCGACCGAGGACAGCCCAGCUGCGGGUGGUGUGUCAAGAACACCCAUAUCUGCGAAUACAAGCAACGAAAGAAGCCGGGUCUCAGAGCCGGCUAUGGAAGGGAGCUUGAAGCUCGUCUGGACCGGCUGGAAGACAUCAUCCAAAAACAGCAGAAUCAAAUCACCCAAUUGUCACACAACAGCAACCCUCCAUCCCAUUCUUCUCCACAGCAGGAGUCGUCACUGUUUAGGAGUCCGCCGAUGAUACACACGCCCCAUAUUCCACGGCCUGAAACUGCCCUCUUCAUACAGAAGCCUUCGACGUUCCCCUCGCAGUCUUCUUUACAAUCCGACUUUGGGUACUCUGCGCCUAUACCACAAUCGCCAUUCGAGACGGACCGAUUCGCAGGACCAUCGAUACAUCAGCCAAUAGCACAGCAAAACGACAAUGCCUUUCCGCCAUACGAUCUUCUAUAUGGCCUAGCCGACCUGUUCUUCAAGCACAUCAACACGUGGUGUCCGAUACUGCAUCGCCCGACGACGUUGAACUCCCUAUUCGGGCCUUCCAGUCUUGAAGAAGCGGACCGGAUUCUAUUGCAUGCCAUCGUGGCUACCACUUUGCGAUUCUCGACUGAUCCUCGGCUUACGCCGGAGAAUCGCGACCGGUACCAUCAGACAUCCAAGGAGAAGGUUCUUCUCUACGGACUAGAAAACAGCUCAGUGAAGUCCCUUCAGGCUAUGGUUAUCCUCGCGUUAGAUCUGGUCGGAUGCUCGAACGGUCCUCCUGGGUGGAAUUUGCUUGCUUUGAUCACGCGUUCCGUGGUGCAGCUAGGCCUAGCGACCGAGUCAAGUUCACCGAUGGUUGCUCCUCAGCUUGCGUCUAUUUAUACGUUGAGAGCGAUGGUUCUACCAGAACCAAAAGAUUGGAUUGAAGAAGAGAGUCGCCGGCGCCUCUUCUGGGCAGUCUACAUUCUUGAUCGCUACGCCACCAUCGCCACCGCCUUCGACUUUGCGUUGGACGAAAAGGAAAUAGAUCGCAGGCUCCCCUGUCGAGAUGAUCUCUUUGGCCGUAACAAGUCUGUAGAAACGCGAUGGUUCGCGACACCUGAACGGACGGACUACGCUAUGAACAAGGUAGAGAAUCUAGGGUCUUUCUCAUACUACGUUGAGAUCAUCGGGAUACUCUCACGAAUCCACAAGUUCUUGAAGAAACCGGUUGACAUCACAUCGCUUUCCAGCGUUGAGGUUUGGCAGACCGAAUACCGCGACCUUGACCGCGAGAUUGAAACGUGGAAAUAUAACCUACCAAGCGAGUACGGGAAUGCUGCUCGACUCUUUUCUGCCUCGGGAGCAAACAAGCUUGCAAAUAGUGGCUGGGUGAUGCUUCACACCGCUUACCAUACUGCUGUAAUUCGAUUGCACUCAUCUGCUGCAUAUCCUACCCACCGAUCUCCAAUCUUCACGCCAUCCUUCAGUGCAAGCCAGCGAUGUCUCAGCGCCGUCGAGAACAUUAGUACUCUGUGUAGUUACGUGAACGAAAACAACAUGUUGACCAAACUGGGGCCACCAUUUGCAUUUUCUCUUUGGGUCGCUGCUCGUGUGCUACUCGUUCAUGGUUCUACUAUCGACCACCAAGUCAACCCCUCAAUCAACCUCCUCGUGAGCACUCUGCGAGAAAUGGGGCGCUACUGGGAGGUCGGCAGCAGAUAUGGCAAUCUGCUUUCACGGGUCCUACAAGAAUACCAAGACUCACAGCGAGCACCGGCUAGCUUCAACGGAGAAAGAGUUACGCCAUCAACUGUAAAGAUUCUUGCAGACAUGCGCCGCUGUGCGUUCGACUUGGACUUCCUGAUAUCCCGCCAACCUAAGCACGCCGCGACCAGAGCUCCAUCCAUCACACCAGCGCGGACGCCAGCUCCUAAUGAGUUGGAGUAUCUCGAUGUUUUCGAUUUCUUUAAUAUGCCACGGCUUCCCGUUUCGAUGGACGGGCCCAUGAGUUAUGCCAAUGGCGCUGUGGGAGAUCAGUUGCAGAUUCCAGACGGUGGGCCCAGCAAUGAGUUCAACAUCACGAAUUUCAUGGUUGAUGCUAGUUCUGACUGGUUCAUGAAAAAUCAAACUUGAGUUAGUGCUUCACGGAAGACGCAACCCCUCAAAUUUCCACAAUGCGACUACUCAGUAGUCCCACCAAAUGUAGUUUUGUCAAAAUAGAUACCCAUGUUAGCAUUUCACAAGCCGUCUUCUCAC